AAACCACGUGACCCGUGUUUACAUUUUCUCUCAGCUGUUUCUUUCUUCCUUCUCUCCAGCACAGCGUCUCGCCGUUACCACUCUUAUUUUCCCCAACCAAACCACUAAAGUUAGCUCAGACAAGCAGUACUUAGUCUCUGGAAGAGGCUGUCAUCGUGUGAAAGUGGCUUUCCCUCACCGUCGCAUUGCACGGUGCACGGUGCACGGUGCAAGAAGUGAGUAAAUGCGACACGACAUUCUCUCUUGCUGCUCAGACAUGAGCCCCAUCUGAAGUGACACUCGACGACUUGCGUUGGCAGGACCCCCUCAGCCAGCGUAGAUAUCCAUGCCGCUGUGAGGAGGACUCACUCAACCUGUGUACAAGUUCAGCCCUUCCGUGUCUCUUCACUUUUCGCCAUGGGGGGAGCUGUGAGCGCCGGGGAGGACAACGAUGACCUCAUCGACAACCUAAAGGAGGCUCAGUACAUCCGCACAGAGAAGGUCGAGCAGGCCUUCCGAGCCAUAGACCGAGGCGACUACUAUCUGGACGGUUAUCGGGACAGUGCCUACAAAGACUUGGCGUGGAAGCAUGGAAACAUUCACCUGUCUGCUCCCUGUAUAUACUCUGAAGUAAUGGAGGCCCUCAAACUGCAGCCAGGCCUUUCCUUCCUUAAUCUGGGCAGCGGAACCGGUUACCUGAGCACAAUGGUUGGGCUCAUCAUAGGCCCCUACGGUGUGAACCAUGGAGUUGAGCUCCACAAGGAUGUGGUCGAGUACGCCAGACAGAAACUUGAUGAAUUCAUUAAGAAUAGUGACAGUUUUGAUAAGUUUGAAUUCUGUGAACCUGCCUUCGUGGUGGGGAAUUGCCUUGAAAUCUCAACAGACAGCCAUCAAUAUGAUCGCAUUUAUUGUGGUGCUGGAGUGCAGAAGGACCAUGAAAAUUACAUGAAAGUACUGCUCAAAAUUGGAGGCAUACUGGUGAUGCCUAUAGAGGAUCAGCUGACCCAGAUAACCAGAACUGGUCAGAGCACGUGGGAUAGCAGGAACAUCUUGGCGGUGUCCUUUGCCCCCUUGGUCCAGCAGAGCCGAGGAGAAGGAGAGAAGCCUGACACUGUCCAGCUGCCCCCAGUGACCGUCCGCAGCCUACAGGACCUAUCACGCAUUUACAUUCGCCGCACUCUCCGAAACCUGACGAAUCAGGACAGUCAGGGGAAGGGCACGGUUCAGAGGGUUCCCCACAAGCGCAAAAGGAGGCGCUGUCGACGGCGGCGCAUCAACACCUACGUUUUUGUGGGCAAUCAGCUCAUACCCCAAAUGGUGGAGAGUGAAGAGGAGGAACACGCUGAGGAGGAACAGAAGGAGGCGGCGGCAGAGGAGGAGGAGGAAAGAGACAUUGGUGACAUUGAAAUCAUCAAGCAAGUGAAUGAGCUGAGAGAACAAAUACUGGCUCUGCCUCUGCCGGAGUCACUGAAAGCGUACUUGCUGUAUUACAGAGAGAAAUGACUGAUCUACUCGAUGUCCAUCCUUAAUGAGUGCUCUGCCUGCUGAAAUCCUGUUUUCUUCACCCUUUUUUCAGUUCAAUGUAGCAUUAUUAUCACUUAAUCUCAAAGGCAACACUGUAUUGGAACAAGAUGACAUAAUGUCAGAUAAUAAUGUUUUGAUUUUCAUGGGUGUUCGUUUCUCUUGACAUUUUCGUUUUUGAUCUGUACAUAAAAAUAUGUAAAAAGUAUCCUAAAUGGACAUUCAAUUUCAGGAAACGGUUUUGAGAUACAGAUUUUAUCAAAUCAGGAUGUCUGCUGAUAUAUGCAGAUAAAAACUCUUUAAAUGACAAAAAAAAAAUUCUGUUCUUAUGGUUUUGUUAAAAUAUGAUCAUGAAAUGAAAACUUCACUGCACCUUUUGUAGAAGCUUUAACCUGCUGUCACUAUAUGGGGAUUUAAUUAUACAGAAAUGUGCUGAAUUGCAAAUAAGGCCACAUCUGAUCCCAUUUUCCAACUACAGAUUAAGAACUUCUUGCAUAUUCUUGAAUGGAGGGAGAAAUAAUUGUCUUGAUGCAUUUUAUACCUUCCUGCUAACAAAAAAAAAUAUAUCUCUGAAAAGAUGAAAUUGGUUCAUAUAUAUAUUUUCUACAGGGCACAUUUUAAUGUGAAGUUUUCUAAAGCAUGCUUACAUUCUUGUGGGUUCUCACUGCGAAAAGCUGACAUGUUAUUUGAUGCAAUGUAAGUUCUCUAUUGUCUUUUCUCAAGGAUGCAUUUAAAUAAUAUAUCAGAGGUUUAGCAUGGUAAGGAAAUGAGCUACAGAUGUUUAUGGACAGUUUCAGAAAGGAAGAUGUUUAAUCAAUAUUGAUUAUAUUAUAUAUAUCUCAGGUGUUUCAAGGCACCGUUUCACAUGUUCUGACUGAUCGCUGGAGGUGAUGUCCCAAGUGAUCAAGUUUAGGAAUAUGUCUUUUAAAAAAUUUUAAAAAAUCAUAGGAAUUUAAAGGGCAUUUAUCAUAAUUUAUUUUUUCCCCUUUUCAAUUAUGCUAAGGAUUGUAGCUCUGAAUAAUUAUAUUAAAUUCUAUGACUAAAUAUGAAAAUAAAUUACACAAAAAAGCAAAACGUACACAAAAAACAGCAAGCAUCAUGCAGCACAGAAUGCAGCCACAAGUUUGAUUGAUCUCGUGUUUGUAAAACUACCUUUAACAAAAUAAAAUAAUUCUAUAAUUAAGAAUGUUGGCAGCAGUUAGUUUUAAAAAAAAGAAUUAAUUCUGCUCCACUUCUGACCAGCAUUGUCACUCUUAUACUCUCUUCCUUCCAGCAAACUAGCUUAUUUUAUAUUGGUGAGCCAUGCAGUGAAUGUGCAAGUCUGCCUUUUCUUCACACAAGUAGUCUGGGUUUUACUUGUGAUGGUUUUAGCGCACCAUAGUGAUGCAGCUGUUGAAAUGUUAUACUGAGGAUGUCUGUCAUGUUAACUCUAGAAAACCACCAGCAUUUAGUUUUCACAUGCCAUUUUAACCAUAAAAAGUCACGUCAAGCUAAUGUUACCCAGGUAGUGAAUGGAGAGGAAGUUAAAAUAGUAAUGCACAAUCACAUUGCGGCUGCAGUUUGGCUCAGAAACUGGAUGAACAUCCUGAAGAAUUGUUUGGAGACAACAUUUUUGUUUUGUACACUUACAAAGUAAAGAGUGUUUAAAAAAAAACAGUUCUCACUUGAAAACUUCUCUCUCAGCUACUUCUUAAUAGUCUGGCUGUUCACUGCCUGCUCAAGCUGCAUUAUUACCCAUAGAUGAACUUCGUAGCAAAAGUGCUCAAUUCAUCUUUUUGUUGUGCUACCAAUCGGUGGUUAGAUAUUCAACCUAUUCCCAUUAAAAUGUUGGAAUUUUUAUGCAGGAAGCAUUUCAUGUUUACUGUACCACUAUACUUGAUCAGGCACUGCAGAUGCAGGUGAUGUGCCGUCAUCCUUAUAAUGUACUCACUUCCGGUUUUACAGAGACACAGCUACAAAAAAAUGCUUUAUAAAUACGGGUUAGUUUUGGAAAACAAUGUAAAAGUUGAUUAGGAUUCAUUUUUGUUUCAUGCUGUUGAUAGCUUUUUUUUCUUCCUUCUUUUGUUUGCUCUAUGAUAUUUGCCCUUUAAAAUGAUUAUUUGGUUCCAUGGCCUUGAGGCAAAUUUAAUUCUGUACAGUGCUGAUGUUUUCUUUCCCCCUUAAUUUUUAUGUUCUUAAUCAAAAACAAUGCAAAAUCACAAUUGUUCAAGAUUUUGAUGCCUUUUGUAUCCUGGACUACAGUUAUGUCCAACAAAGCACCUUAAUCUGCAGUCCUCAAGUAAAGAAAAUAUAAAAAAAGGUACUACUCUUGGCUAUAAUUGGUGACUGGACUCAUUGUAAUGUAAAUUCACCUUUAAUUACAAGGCACCCCAAGUACUUCUCUAAUAGCGGUGGCUUUUAAGUGCCAAUGUACCCCUGCAUCAUGUUAGGAUUUCUGUGAGCUUCCUGGCACAGUAAAUUAUCUAAACAUAGGUGUUUUUGUACAAAAAAGAAAAAACAUUCCACAUUGAAAAACAGAACGGCGCCAGCUGGACAUUUAUAGGUUUUCUUUAUGCUUCACUGUCACACAGUUGGACAGUCUCUUCAUCUUUCUUUGAAUGAACCUUUCGUAUUCAAAAAAACUAAGUUGAAUGUUGUUGAUAUGAAUUUUCUUCAAUAUAAAAGUGAUAUAAGCAGUAUAUAUUGUUCUCAUAAGAUUUUUUUUUUCCAUCUAGUUUAAUUUGCAGUUGACUUGUCGUAGAACACCCCCUUUUGCUGUACUGUAUCUUCACACUGGGAACUCCACUGCUGUCUGCUACGUAGAAAAUAUUAGCUCUCAAUUUUAGUCUGAUGUACUGAAAAAUAUUUUUGUUUUGAAAAUGAGCUUGAUUACAUCUCUUGUAGAUCUUUUUGUGCUUGGGGAGGUGAUUUCUAUUUUCAGUAAGUUUAUUUUAAUUUGCUUAGUUUUUAAAUGUUCUUGACGGAUAGUUUUUAGUUUAACAGCACAGAUUCUUAUCUUAUAAUUACCAAUAACAACCAAACAGUCCCAUUUGAUUUGCACAGCCUCCAUUAAAAUUCACAUGACGUAUCUGAGCCGCACAACUGUUUAUAUACCAUAACCUGAAAUGUAAUUGCUAAUUAGUGAGCGACAUUGAAUGCGGUGGACCUACAGCUGAGACUCUGAGGUCGCCCCUUGCACCAAAGUUAAUGGGAUGGCUGUGAUUACAUUUAACGUGGACGAGAUUCGACUAUUAAAACUGCUCCCAGUAAAAUAAACAAGCUCAUAACUUGCUUGGCACUCUUUAUUUUGGAUUUUUUUUCCUUCUUUUUAGCCAAAUCAGUCCAGCUUCUCUUUGUUGGGGGCGAUGGGUUGAUUGUUCUCAGUGUGUGCAGUUCAUUUUGAAAAUGUGUUGUUUCAUUGUAACUGUGUGGCACAAAAAUAAAGGUCACAAUCACAA